GUAGCGCUGAGUGCUUUUGUAUUUAAAAAAAAAAAAACAUCACGAAUUAUGUAUUUCUAUUCGUUUUUGGCAAAAUACUAUACAUCCAGCGAGAUCCUGCUCUGUUGAUUGAACAACUGACAAAGGGUCAGUCCUAAUCUGCCAGAAAAAAGAGGCCUUCAAGCGAACUUCAUUACCCAUAACACACCGCAGUUUGGCUCGUGUGCCUUACACACUCUUCGUCGCCUGUACGGACAAAUGUGGUCCUCGACCGCCACGGUGCCUCGGCAGGCAGCUAUGGCCUUCAGCCUUCAAGAUUAGGGAUAUAAACACCCCUCAACACCCCAGUUAAAUCUGUGUUGGUGAAAGUGACAACCACAGAAAAGGAAAAAGAUGACGUUAAUCCAGCACAUCAUGACUCGUGGCACACUAAGAAGGGUGACAGUGGGUUGCCAAUUACUCCCGGUUGUUGCUGUCCAUGACACAUCACAGUCAUUUUGCAGGUGUGCCCUACGCCUGCCCUCUCCACACCCUCUAGGAUGGCACUGGUUCUCAACGUCACCGUUCAGCGUAGCAGCCCAUCAACCCAAACAGCAACCACCAGGGGGAGAAUUGGCCAUUUCUUCAUAUCAGACACCAUCAGAUCAGCAAGACAAAGAUGGGCCUAGUGUUGAAGAGGUGGACCCUUUGCAGGACAAGUCCAUUGGGCUUGUUCAGAGAUUCAAGAAGACCUUCAAACAGUAUGGGAAGGUGAUGAUACCUGUGCAUCUCCUCACAUCCUCAUUAUGGUUUGGAACUUUCUACUAUGCUGCUAUGAAAGGUGUAAAUGUGGUACAAUUCCUGGAGAUGAUCGGUGUGCCAGAAUCACUUGUUGGACUAUUGAGAGAAUCAUCUAGCGGUUAUGCUCUGACUGCUUAUGCCAUGUACAAGAUCGCCACUCCUGCCAGAUAUGCAGUGACCCUGGGCGGUACUUCUCUGUCUGUUCAGUACCUCCGAAAGCACGGCUAUUUAUCCACACCACCACCAGUCAAAGAGUACUUCCAGGACAAGAUGGAGGAGACCAAGGAGAAAUUGUCUGAAAAAAUGGAGGAAACUAAGGAGAGGUUUUCAGAGAAAAUGGAAGAAACAAAAGGACGCUUCUCAGAGAAAAUGGAAGAGACUAAGGACAAGUUGUCUGAGAAGCUGCAGGAAACCAAAGACAGAGUAUCUGAGGGUAAAGCAUUUUUUAGGAAGAAAAAUGAUUAGAAAACAUUGCAGGUGGUGCCUCAAUUAUUUAUCCAUUUCAGGUUGGAAGUAAUCAGUGAUUUGGGGUCAACUCUAAGACUAGGAGGAAAUGAGCAAGAUGCAUUUGUCUGAAAAAUGUCACCUCUCACAGCCUGCUGUUUUGAUGUUUUCUACAUAAUAGUCAAAUAAGUGUGCUGCAUGGUACAGUACAAUAUAAGUGUAGAACUGACAACAGCCUGGCAACUUCGGUAUGGCUUCCUUCUUACGUUCCCCACCUCUGUCUGCGUUUACAGCAGCUCAAGUGAUUAGAGAAAGUAUUUGCAAUGUGGAAGAAGUUAAUAAAGACAACAUGAAAAUACUUCUGGUUGUUGUCAAGCUCAAGCUUGAAGUCAAUAGUUAGAAAAACAUGCACAAGAGAUCAAAGCCUUUCUAAAGGCUCUAUCACCUUUUGUAAUGCACUGAAGAAAAUUAUUUUUAUAGUAUGAAAUAAUGUCUUAGCCAAAGCUUCUUCUUUUUCCUUCGGCUUUUCCCGUGAGGGGUUGCCACAGCGUGUCAUCUUUUUCCAUCUAAGCCUAUCUCGUGCAUCCUCGUCUCUAACACCCACUGUCCUCAUGUCCUCUCUCACAACAUCCAUCAACCUUUUCUUUGCUCUUCCUCUUGUUCUUUUGCCUGGCAGCUCCAUCCUCAGCAUCCUUCUACUAAUAUACUCACUCUCUGGCCUCUGAACAUGUCCAAACCAUCGAAGUCUGCUCUCUCCAAAACAUCCAACUUUGGCUGUCCCUAUAAUGCGCACAUUUCUAACCCUAUCCAACCUGUUCACAUCAAGCAAGAACCUCAGCAUCUUCAUUUCUGCUACCUCCAGUUCCUGUUGUUUCUUCAGAGCCACCGUCUCUAAUCCGUACAUCACGGCCGCCCCUCACCACUGUUUUAUAAACUUUGCCCUUCAUCCUAGCGGAGACUCUUCUGUCACAUAGAACACCAGACACCUUCCGCCAACUGUUCCAUCCCGCUUGGGCCCGCUUCUUCACUUCCUUACCACACUCACCAUUGCUCUGUACUGUUAACCCCAAGUAUUUAAAGUUGUCCACCCUCGCUAUCUCUUCUCCCUGGAGCUUCACUCUUCCUCCUCCACCCCUCUCAUUCACGCACAUAUAUUCUAUUUUACUUAGGCUAACCGUCAUUCCUCUCCUUUCCAGUAUCUACCUCCAUCUUUCUAAUUAUUCCUCUGCCUGUUCCCUGCUUUCACUGCCGAUCACAAUAUCAUCUGCGAACAUCAUGGUCCAAGGGGAUUCCAGUCUAACCUCAUCUGUCAGCCUAUCCAUUACUACCGCAAACAGGAAGGGUCUCAGCGCGGAACCCUGAUGGAGUCCCACCUCCACCUUAAAUUCAUCUGUACAUACAAUGUAAAAAUGUACUUACCCAUCACUUCGGCACAUCUCACCGCUGUUCUGCUCUCCUCAUACAUGUCCUGAAGUAUUCUAACAUAUUUCUCCGCCACACCAGACUUGCACAUGCAGUACCACAGUUCCUCUUUUGGUACUCUGUCAGUCUUUCUCUAGGUAUACAAAAACACAAUGUAGCUUCUUCUGACCUUCUCUGUACUUUUCCACGAGCAUCCUCAAGGCAAAUAAUGCAUCUGUGUAAUUAUAAUUGAUAUUAUAGUGCUAAAAACGGCAGAGAAUAGUAGUUUACCUCCUGUUUUUAUUCUGAAUUUAACUCAGCAGUGGUUAAAAAAAAAAAAAAUUGAACAUUACAUUGGCGCAUGGGGCCCUCUAUAGGAGCUUUAAUGCUAUAACCAUAGCAAAUAGGUGACUUGCAGGUGACGUCACAUCUGUUUUGAAUUUUUUCUGGCCGCCAUAUUGGGAGGUCUCUUCGCUGGUUACAUUCGAUUACAUAAGACGCUUUUUGACUUCUUAGACGAUGGUGCACGUGUUGUGUUAUUGGCUGCUAUAACAAGUUCAGCAAAGAAUGGAACAGACGGUUUUUCUGAUUUCCGAAAAUAAUUACGCACCAAGGACCCCAAACCGAAGAAAUGUCGAGCAAGCGAAGUGGCUCAGUAAUAUCUCGCGUGCAGAUCUCACUCGUCCCACAGUUUCAAGUCCUGUGUGCAGCGUUCACUUCAUAAUUGGUAAGUUUAAGCCUAGGAUUGCACUUUGACCAUAUCCUCCUACCGUUAUUUUUACAUGUAUGUGUUGUUUGCUGUGUUUUAUAUUACAAGACUAAUGGUGUUUGAUCGGUCUACAUGUACAUGUACAUCCAACUUGGCCGCCGAUCGAAAUCGGCCGCCAGUGACAGGUUUUUCAUCUACAGUUUAGGAUACAAACGUGUGCAUGUGUGUUGUGCUGUCUGUAAACGUCAAAUUAUUUUUAAGAAGGAAAUAUACCGUAUAUAUAUUAAAAACAACACGAGUAUGCAUGUA